CCGGAAAUACACCUUUCACGUAGAUGUGCUGAAUUUCUGCAGCAAACCUGAAUGAACAAACAAAGAAUGUUUUACUGGAGAAGCAGCGGCGGCUCGGAGCCGCUCGACGGGGUCGGUAACAUGUCAAAGACCGACAUCCUGAGAGGAAUCAUCACCGAGAAGCUGAGCACAGCCGCCCGGGAGAUCCUAGCGGUGGUGGAGAGGACCGUAGCCGACUACGAGCAGGAGGCUUCGGGCUUCAGGCAGCAGAUCGAGCAGCAGAGGAGACAGCUGGAGGUCCUGCAGCCUCACGUACAACUAAACAGAGUCUCGGCUGUCCCAGACCUGCACGGUCAUGAAGUGGUGGUGGUUAGUGAGGAGCACGAGGAGGUGACACCACAGAAAGAUGUGGCGGCGUCUGGAAACCUGGACUUCGUCUGGUACGAAGAUGAUGAUGAAGAUGUUGUUGAUGCUGAUGAAGAAGUGGAACAGCUGGUGGUUCAACCCAAGAUGAGCUCCAGAGAGAAGCGAGAUGACCUAAAGGACCCAGAUUAUGAGAUAUCCUCAAGAGUUCGGUCUCACAGGAGGCCCGGGAGGCUCAGGGGGUCCAGGACACCCAGGGGACCUGGCAGACCUCGAAUCAGCGACGUAUCAGACCAUCUAGACCUCCGGGUCCGGUUACUGGAGGACUGUGAGAUCGAGGUGCUCUCCAACAACGUGUUUAAAAACAGUUCAGUUCAGGACCUGAGGUGUCGUCGUGGUCUACAGGAGUCUGAGUUCCUGGAGCUGCUGAAGUCCUCGUUCCCUCAGCUGGCUGCUGGGGAACCUUUCGACCUCUUCAUCACCGAUAACAGAAGGAGGCUGCAUCCUCUGAGGGUGAAGACUCUGACUCCAGACGAGGUCCACCGGGCCAUCAGGCUCAACGGAAAAUCCGCGCUCUACAUCCGACUGAAGACAGGAGAGGGUCCUGGGAGCCGCUGUGAAGACGCUUGUCCUCAGGAACAGGAAGACAAGGUCAGGUUGGACUCUGCGACGUCCACCGGUCAGACUGAAGUGCACUCGGGGUCUGUGAAGAGGAGGCGGGGCCGACCUCGGCUCGGUGAGGAACCAACCCACCACGUUCUGAGGAUGUGCAUGCUGGAGGACUCCCCGUCAAGCGUGCCCCCAGAAACUGUCUUCCAGAGGUCUUCAGUCCAGGACCUGAUGUGUCCUCGCACCCUUCAGGAGGCAGACUUUAUGGACCUGCUGAGGUCCACCUUCCCUCAGCUGGCCGGUGAAGACAAGAAGUUUAACAUCUACAAGUCAGACCGGAGCAGGAAACUGCAGAGGAUCAAGGUGGAGACCAUGACUCCAGACGAGAUCUACAGAAGCUUGAGGUCCUUCGGGAUCACAAAGACCCUCCUCUACAUCAAACUGAAGACACAAGAGGACGAAGAAACGGAGGAGGAGCUUAACCUACCGACCAUCAACGAAGCUCUGUCCUCUGACGCUGUGAUGGUGCAAGGAGAAGCUGGUCUCCGCUCGAGCCCUGUCAGACAUGCAGAUGGUACUACGAGGGGCUCAACCUCACGACAACCAGACCUGAACCCUGAGGAGGAUGCAGCAGGGAGUGACGAGGACCCCUGCAAUGACACCGAUGACGACUGGAAGCCCGAUCCUGAAGAUGAAAAGCCAAGAAAAGCCCAAAAGUGGGGGCCCAGGAGCAGCGUGGAGAAACGUAAAACCCCCUGCAAGGUGUGUGGAGUGUCGUACAGUUUCCAGGGCAGUUUGAUCCGGCAUGCCUGGAGCCACAAGGACGAAGCGCACAGCGUUUGUGGAGUCUGUGGGGAGAGUUUUGCAUCUUCAGAAGAGCUAUCAAAACAUCUUAAGAGUUACCAGAAAACUCACGAUUGCUCAUAUUGUGGGAAGGCGUUCUUUACCGUCACGGGCCUCAACAACCACACCACCAUGCACACGGGAAACAGGCCGUACAAAUGUGACGUUUGCAACAAAACCUUCGUUAGCAUCUCUGCGCUGGGCAUUCACCGUUGGAUCCACGAGUCGGAUCGGCCGUACAAGUGUGACAUUUGUCCGAAGACGUUCGGUCUGAUGGCGCAGCUCAGAGCUCACAGGAAGGCCCACCACCUCACACGGGACAAGUUCCAAUGCCACAUCUGCGGCCGAUGCGUCUAUGACCUCAAAUCUUUGACCCGCCACAAGAUGACUCACUCUGGAGAACGCCGCUACGGCUGCGAAGUCUGCGGAAAACGCUUCAAACUUCCCAGCUCGCUGAAGUCCCACGAGAAGACCCACACGGAGAGGGAGCGUCCGUUUCUCUGCCACAUCUGCUGCAAAACCUUCCUCACAAACUCCACCCUGAUGGCGCACAUGAAGACCCACAGCGGCGAGAGGCCGUUCGUCUGCAACGUGUGCGGAAAGGGCUUCCUGUUCAACGGCGAGCUGAAGAAUCACUCGCGGGUUCACACCGGCGAGGCGCCGUACGGCUGCUCCCAGUGCGGCCGCUUCUUCAAACUCAAGAGUACCCUGAACACCCACAUCAGGAGCCACCUGGGCAUCAAGCGAUACGUUUGCAGCGUCUGUGGGAAGGCGUGUUCUCGUCAGGAACACCUGACGGUCCACAUGAGGACCCACAACGGAGAGAGACCCUACAAGUGCACCCUCUGCGACAAAGCCUUCACCCAGGGCCACUGUCUGAAAACGCACAUGAAGAGCCACCAUAACGAAGACAAGGCCUUCCAGGAGCCAUCUACGUCCUGAAACAGCCUGGAAACCAGCAACGGUCCGGGUCCAUUCUCUCCGCUUCUUCCGUACGAGAUUAAACACGUACAGCAUCGGUUGUAUUUAGAAGUUUACAUUCUUCCAUAAUGGACACGAACAUCCCAGGACUGUAAAAGUAAAAAGAUCCGAUGUCUGACUGGUUUGGUCGGAAAAAGUCGUAUUUUCAGUCCAUGAGUUUGGGAAAACCAUCCUGAGUUUAAUGUCGGCUUGUGUUAUUCAGUCACCUCCGUGCAGAACGCUGCGGAUCAUAAAGCUUCAACCACGGGAUUACGGCUGGAUUUCACCCAAGUGAACCAGUUCCAGAUAUCUGGAACCAUCUGCUGGUUUGAAUCAGUUUCUGGACCAGUUAAAUGGUAAAUGAUCUGUACUUAUAUAACUCUUUUAUCCAAAGUGUUUUAUAUGUACGUCACAUUCACACACGGAUGGCGGAAGCUACUGUGCAAGGCGCUCCACCACGACCACCAUCAGGAGCGUUUAGGGGUUUGGUGUCUUGCUCAGGGACACCUCGACAUGAGCUCUGCGGGCCGGGAUCGAACCGGCAAACCUCGGCCUGCCGAAUGACCAUUCUACCCACUGAGCCAUGCCGCCCCCCAGUUCCAGAUAUCUGGAACCAGAUGUUGGUUCAGACCAGUUUUUACAUGGCCAAAUGGAUGGAAACAUGGAAAAUCUCGGAAGUCUAGAACUUCCGGGUGUUUAGAUGGUGGAAGAAUUUGGGAUUCAUGUUUAAUCUGCUUUGGUUCUGCUCCUGGAAGAACAAUUUUAGAUGUUUGUUAGCAUCGUGGCUACGUUUUUAUUAUUCUUGGAGAAGUCCACUCUUUAACUUGUUGCGUACAAACUGUUGAACUUUGUUUUCCAGGUGGAGAGAAGAACAAAGUUAGUUUUGGACGUUGGUUUCAUUCUGAUCCAGACCCUUGUCUGCGACUGGCCGUGGCUUUAGGCGUGGCGGUGUUCGUGUCUUUAUUGUCUUUAGAUUUUCGUAUUUCUUCUCUGCCUCCACCAGCAGCUCUUAAGAUCUUUUUAAUUUUCUUUGUGCUAACCUGAACUCUUAAAAUCCACUACACUAUAUUCCUGAUAUAAUGGAGUGGAACAGUAAACUUUCCUCGUCUUCUUGGACGAUUUUCUCUCACCGACGGUGAAACUGAACAAAACCAGAUCAGACUGACCCGUUUCUUUUUAAAAUAAAAAUAUCCCUUGAACUGAAUCCAUUAACUCAAACAACAAGAAGAAAAAAGUCUUUUCCAAAGUCAAAAUUAUGUUAAAGGAAAGAUAAAUCAAUGUUGUGGUUAAAUUGCUUUUAUUUUUCUUUUUUUUUUUCUUUUUUUUAUCCUCAUUAACAGUUUUGCAAAUUUCUUUUUUUGGAACUAAAAUUUAUACUAAAUUAUUUAAAUAAUCUUUCAUCAUACAAAUUAACUGUUACCUGAAAAGUUUAUGUCAACAAAUUAUUUUAGUAAUGUCUGCAAAAAAAGUGCUAUUAUAAUGUUUUCCCUUUUUAAUUGUUUAAAAAGAAAAAGAAAUACUAAAAACAAGAAAAUCAGUCGUUAAAAACCAUUUCUUCUGAUUUCUCAUUAAUUACUGAAAAAUGAAGCUUCUGUAAGAUUUAACUGUUAACAGAUGUAUCAUCAGUGAAUACUUCUGAAGUUCCUUAUUGUUACUCGUGUUAUUUUUACUGGUGAAGCUGUUUCCCCUCCGUUCAUCUGUUAACAAAUGUAAACAGUUUAACCACCAAAGCGAAUGUAAAUGAUUUAAGUGUUUUCUGUCAGAUGUUUGCUGCAGUCACAUGAUCCACCAGCAGGUGGCGACGUUGUCCAUCAGCUGAUGGAGUUGCAGAUGUAGAGGAAGAGGAGUAAAAACAUAUUCUUCUGGCUUCAUUCAGCAGGAGGUGAAACAGAAACUGGACUCUGAGUUUUUUCUGCAUCAGCUCCAGUUUAGUGACAAGUUGGAUGUGUAGUUGUUUGUAGUCUUAGAAUCUAAGAUAACUCUCGAUAACUGAUGAUCUAAGACUUAGAUCAUCAGUUAUCGAGAGGCUUUCUGUGUUUUAUGUAACCAUACACAUUUCUUUCCAAUAAAAUGUCAUG